AGUGCGCCAGUAGCUCGCUGCCUCAGUGAAGUUGUGAUGGUUCCGUUGUGUUUUCACAGUGAAUUGUGAGGUUCCUGUUCCCCUGGGUCGCACAGACAUGUUGGAUUAAAGGUGACACCUCGGCGCUGAUCUCAUCUGAUUCAUGCACCUUUCAGAAAGUCGCUGUGUGUCCGACAUGAGGUGGGAAAGUUUCUCCUUCCUGGUUUUUCUUCUUCACUUCGCCCACACGUCAGGAGCUUCCUAUGUGAUCACAGCUGAUGUGAGCAGACCGGUGGGAGAUCUGAAGCACUUCUGGACAAGCACUGGAUUCUGCCCUCCUCUUCCUCACACCCAGGCCGACAGCUUUGACCUGAGCGUGGACCAGCAGCUGAACCUGGCCUAUGUGGGCUCGGUUCCCCACGGGGGGAUCCAGCAGGUCAGGAUCCACUGGAUGUUGGAGCUGGUCACUGCUCAAGAUAUCAAAGGACGACCUCAGUUCAACUUCACCAAACUGGACCAGCUCAUAGAUCUCUUGUGGAUGAAUGGACUCCGACCAGGCUUUGAGUUGAUGGGCAGCGUCUCGAACUACUUCACGGACUUUGAGGAAAAAUCCCAAGUGGUCGAGUGGAGGAAUCUGGUUUAUCUCAUAGCCAAGAGGUACAUCGACAGAUAUGGCCUGGGAAGUGUUUCUCGCUGGAACUUUGAAACGUGGAAUGAGCCAAACAACCAUGACUUUGAUAAUGUCACCGUGUCCAUUCAAGGGUUCCUGAACUACUAUGACGCCUGUUCGGAGGGUCUGCGUGCUGCCAGCCCCCUUCUGAGGUUUGGGGGUCCCGGAGACUCCUGUCAUUCCCCCCCACACUCUCCAUACUGCUGGGCCAUGCUGCAGCACUGCUACAACGGCACCAACUACUUCACUGGAGAGUCUGGGGUCAGGCUUGACUUCAUCGCCCUGCACAAGAAGGGUGGAGGCUAUUCAUUGCCCAUCCUCCAGCAGGAGAUCCAGACAGUAGUGGAGAUCCAGGAGCGUUUCCCCCGGUUCCGCAGCCUCCCUGUGUAUAAUGAUGAGGCUGACCCUCUGGUGGGCUGGUCCAGGCCUCAGGGGUGGAGGGCCGAUGUGACCUACGCUGCCAUGGUGGUGAAGGUGAUAAACCAGCACCAGGAUCUGCUGCUGUCAGACCCCAACAGCACCAUCAACUACACCCUGCUGAGCAAUGACAACGCUUUCCUGAGCUACCACCCUCACCCCUUCACCCAGCGCACGCUGACGGCUCGCUUCCAGGUCAACAACACCCAGCCGCCUCACGUCCAGCUCAUCAGGAAGCCUGUCCUCACUGCCAUGGGCCUGCUGGCUUUACUAGGAGAGACCCAGGUCCUGGCUCAGGUUCUGAACGCAGCAGGAACCAGCAACAGCACAGUGGGAGUUCUCGCCAGCAGCCACGAGCCUGUGAUCCCAGGCGGGUCAGAUAGCUGGCAGGCGGCAGCACUGGUCUACAACAGUGACGACAACCGCACCUCCACCAACACUGAUGAUGUCACUGUCUCACUGACGGGACUGGCUGCACAAAAGGGUCUUGUGUAUGUCACAUAUUACAUGGACAACAACGUGAGCAACCCGUCCCAGCUGUGGCAGAGCAUGGGCAGCCCCGACUAUCCCACAGCAGAACAGUUCAGGCGGCUCAGGGGCGUGGAGGACCCUCAUGUUGACGGACCCUGGGAGGUUCCUGCAGGCGACACUCUGACUCUGAAAGCCAAACUGUCCGUGCCCUCCCUUCUCCUCAUCCACGUUUGUGCUCGGCCCAAAGCUCCGCCUGACCAGGUUAAUGGAUUACGCUUUGUGAGGAUCACCAAAGGCCAAGUUCUGAUCAUCUGGUCUGACCACUGUGUUGAUUCCAAAUGCAUCAAGACUUUUGAAGUUGAAUUCUCCGCAGACUACAAGAAAUUCAGCAGGAUUAAUACACAGGACACCAUCUUUACUUCAUCUGUCUUUUCACCAGUGGACCUAGAAGUCAGCGGUGUGUACAGAGUGCGAGCUGUGGACUACUGGGGAAGGCCUGGGUCGUAUUCACUGCCAGAGAAGUAUUCAGAGGAGCAAUAGACCAGGGUCAUGUGACACCUUGAUAAAUGCAGUGUUCAAAUCUGA